AUAUUGGCAGCACUGCAGCAAUGGCGGAAAAUCACAUAGGUUACGUUUGACGCUGCAGUAUAAUCGUGCGUGUCCCUCGUCCAAAAAAAAUAACGCGGACCAACACAUGGAGAGAACGAUGUCGGAGCAAGCGGCUUUGCAAACGCAAACGGAAACCAUCUCCGAGGCGGAUGUCACUGACUCCGGGUCACAGGAUGUGCCUACUGUACGAUUACGUUUACGAAAACCAAAAUCGAGCAAAAAGGUUCAAUGGACUGAAGGAACUGUUGAUAAUGAACAUCUAAAUAAGAAAAAAUCAAAAUGUUGUUGUAUUUAUGAGAGACCAACUUUUGGUGAAAGUAGUUCCGAAGAUAGCGAUGAUGAAUGUGAACAUUGUCAUGGACAUAAGGAUGCUCAUAAGAAAGUCUUACCUACAACUGGAAAUGCCCAUCAAGAUGGAAUGUCAUCUCAUCCUGAACCUAUUGCAACAGGUUCAGCAUAAAUAUACCCAUAUACCCAUUGAAAACUCUGCUAAAUGGAAAAUAAAUUCCUUUAUGUUGUUUCUCAAGUCAGUAUCAUACAAAAGAAAUGGCGGAUUGUAGGUGUACAAACUAUAAAUAUGAUUCUGCACUAAUACAUGUGGCAUUUUUAUUAUAAUGCUUUAACGAUAUCGCAUGGAAGCAAUGUUCAAAAUUGUUGGUCUAUGUAGAUCGUAUGUGAUAUCAUAAGAAUAGUAAAUUAUUGAAUAUUCUCUGAAAAAUAACAAUCAUUCCUUAAAUGUUUACAUCCGAAUCACUUUUUUCAUAUGUACUAUUUGCUAAUAGUUUUAGAUUUUAUGUUAAAAGAAAAUAUAUAUUACUUGUUAAUCUGUGACUUUUAUUAACAUUCCACAUUUAAUUAUAAUAGAUUUUUUAAUUAUAUUAAUUUUUUAUAUAUUUCAUAAUUACUAAAUCAAAUUUGAACUUGUAACAAGAACAUUGGAAAUAUCUCCAAAUUUGUUCGUUUUUGUGGAAGAUUUAUUAUAUUACAUUUAUAAUUUUAUAUUAUAAUUAUACACCAUACAAGAUCAAAAAAUGAAAUGUAUGAAAAAAUGAUAUAAAAUAGUGCACAUUUAUAUCCAUUCAUUAUUUCCUUUGUUUAGUACAAGUAUAAGUAGACGAAAUAAAUAUUUCAAAUUAUAGCUAAAAAUAUAUAGAAUAAAUUAAAAAAUUUAGUAUUACAGAUCACAUACAUGUGUGAACAGAAUUAUAAUCAUGAAAAACUUAAUAAUCAUUGCACACACACAGUGAAGGUUCCAAUUUUACAAUUUUAUCAGAAGAUAAAUUCUAUAAGGCUUAGAGUUCCAUUUGCAGAAGCUAUAUCAAUAAACUUUAACCUGACAAUUUAAAAAUAGUUUGAUGAUAUUCUUUAAUAUUUAAAUAAUGUAAUUUUAAUUUUUUUUAAUUAGAUAUUUUCUAAUUUUAACAAUAGAUAAUAAUUCUUUGCGAUAUUCAUUCUUUUAACAACAUUUUUAGUAACUCUUUCAAAUAGUACUCAUCUGGUGAGAUUCCAGAUUGUAUUACAUUAUAAGAAAUAAAAGUCUGCACGUGCGUUUGUGUGCAUAAAUCCCAGGCAAUCAAAAAAUAGAUUGAUUAUUUGUGCUUUUACAUGAUAGUAGUAUUUUGGACGAUUUUGUAUACAAUUUAACUUAAGUGCAGAAUAUAUCUCUAGAAAUCUUGUAAAAAUAAAUGUUUUAAAUUGGAAA